AUCUUAAAUAUAAGAUCUGACUAUAAAUAUCGGCCUCGAAGUUACGAAUCUUUUUUUCUCUGUUGAACGUAGCCAAUUUUUGAUCGCUGCGCGCGUCGCCACCAAUUUGACAGUCCACAGCGAAGGGUGGGGGCUGUGGUGUACCACGGCCAUAUUUGCUACUUGCGUGUGACUUUUGAAGAACGGAUAAAAAAUAACCCAACUUUCUUCGUACCUUUCUGCGUGAAAAAGAUGUUGCUUUGGAGAAUUGUCCACUGACUGUUCCUACGUUGGUAUCAUCUUAACGCGACUGCGGCUUCACGCCGAAGUCUUUCAUCUUCCGCACGAAGGCUAUUCCCUUUUACCUGGAAAAUGAGUUUUUUCGGUUUUGGUCAGUCCGCCGACAUAGAGAUUACAUUGGACGGCGCCGAAACAAGGAAGACUGCAGACAUUAAAUCCGAAGAUGGCAAGAAAGAACGACAUUUGUUGUAUUAUGACGGCGAAACUGUAUCUGGCAAGAUUAAUAUCAGUUUAAGAAAAGCUGGUAAAUUGGAGCAUCAAGGUGUUAAAGUAGAAUUUAUCGGACAAAUUGAACUAUAUUAUGAUAGAGGUAAUCAUCAUGAGUUUACCAGUUUGGUGAAAGAAUUGGCAAGGCCGGGAGAGUUAACACAUAAUACAGUAUAUACAUUUGAAUUCCCAAACGUGGAAAAACCAUUUGAGAGUUACACUGGAUCUAAUGUGCGACUAAGAUAUUUCUUAAAAGUGACAAUUGUACGAAGACUUAGUGACAUUGUUAAAGAACUUGAAUUAGUUGUGCACACGCUUAGUUCCUAUCCAGAUAUGAAUAAUCCCAUUAAGAUGGAAGUUGGGAUUGAAGACUGCCUGCAUAUCGAAUUUGAAUAUAAUAAAAGCAAAUAUCAUUUGAAAGAUGUAAUCGUUGGAAAAAUAUACUUUCUUUUGGUUAGAAUUAAAAUAAAACAUAUGGAAAUAGCAAUUAUUAAACGUGAAACUACUGGUUCUGGCCCCCAUACGUUCACUGAGAAUGAAACUAUAGCGAAAUAUGAAAUCAUGGAUGGUGCACCUGUUCGAGGAGAGUCCAUUCCUAUAAGAGUAUUCCUUGCUGGGUACGAUCUAGCACCUACAAUGCGUGACAUUAAUAAAAAGUUUAGUGUUAGAUAUUACCUAAAUUUGGUUCUCAUGGAUGAAGAGGAUCGUCGAUAUUUUAAACAGCAAGAAAUAACAUUAUGGAGAAAAGGCGAGAAAAGCAGGAAAUCUCAGACGGCAUCGCCACACAUGCCGUCGCACUUAGUAUCGGCCGAAACGGGAUUUCCACAAGGCGUCGCUCAGAACGGCCCACCAUCUGUACCACCCGGUGCUCAUGGUCAACUGCCAACAAGUAACAUUACGAAUGUGGAGGAUACCACAGCUCCGAUUGAAGGCAUGACACGAGAGGAAGGAGAUGGCGAAGGUGAGAAAGAAGGCGGUCCAGAAAGUGAUUAAAUUUCGGCGUAUAAUUUCGUCACAGACGUCGGUUAUAAUUCAGAUUAGUUAUAAACAUGGUUAAAUAUGGCUGGAAUAAAUAAAGGAUAUAAUGCGAAAGAAAUCAUUUUGCAAUGAAAAGGAAGAAGAAAUGUUUCCUUUAUUGCGUUGGGAGAUUUUUUUAGUAAGAAAAAUAGCGGGGUGUGUAAAGACUCGCUAGUAAAAUUGUAAAUAUUUUGGAUACACACACACUGACACAUACAAUACAUACACAAUUGAGAGAGCCAAUGUGAUUUGUAACUAGUUGAUUACCGAUCAAAAUUAUAAUUAAUACUACCAAAAAAAAAAAAAAACAAAGAUUUAACCAUAAUGGAGAAAAGAUAUGGUUCCAAAAUUGUUUAACAAAUUGUGUGCUGGAAGUAUGAGUAUAAUGUGAACCCUAGUUUAAAUAUUCCUGAAUGGACGGCUUACUAAUCAAAUAUUAAUCAACGAUAUAUUUUGCAAAACAUCUAGAUGUCACAGUGUUCUAAAUGUUUUAUACAGGCAAUGCCCAUUGAGACCCGCCCGUUGUAUAAUUCUGAUAAAAAUCGAAGUCUCAUACAGCAUCGUUAUGUGUUACACAAAGAGAUUUUAUAAAUAAAAAAAAUGGAUAUGUAUACUCACAAAGGCUGCCCCAUAUUAAUCCGUUCAAUCUACAAGUUUACAAAUAGCGAUUAACAGCACGAGAAGGCUGCACUUGUGUUAAUCAUACAUAUAUCUUUAAUAAUAAUUUAUAAUGUGAACACAUAUAAAAGAUAUCUUGAGCAAAGAUCACAUUUAUUUUUAGAACGACUUUAUAAAAAAAAAUAAAUGAAAAAAUAAACGUCGAUUAUUGCAUGAUACAAGCUAUAGAUAAUCUUUUCCUUUGAGUUUAGCUAUUGUGACAUAAGAAGACAAUUUCAUAAGAUAGAAAUUUUUAUAUGUAAGAGCGUGCGUUAUGUAAUAACAAUCUUCCAAACAUGAAUUAUAUGAUAUCUGCUCAAGACAAUAUGCCUUUCUUGACACGAAAGUGGACUAUAAUAGAUUAAAUAAUGGGGUAGCCACCUCGUGUAUUUAUAAAUAUAUACAUACAUAAUGUAGUUCACACGUAUGUGCAUAUAUAUAAAUACAAUUCUUUAUUUUGGCAAUAACAAUCACAUGAAUUAUUCAUGAUGUUUGAUAAAUUGUAAGACACCUGACAACAAAAAUUAUUCGUCAUGUAAAGACAGAUAAUAUAGAAUAUAUUUUUAAAUGGACAUUAGCAUUGAGAACUGAUUUUGAGCAUGAGAAUACUGUAUGUUAAUUUGGUUAUUAAAUAUUUAUGUACAUCCAUUAA